GGAAAAUGGUCGACUCCGGGAAAAUUCCAGAACCUCAUAUACGCACGGACCAAUCGAUUGUUUGAGCUCUCUCUCCACCGAGGUUGUCCAAGAGCUGGCUGCAUGGUCUCCAUCGCACUGCCUACAACACGCCCUGGCCGAGUAGGGUCGGGUAUGAGCAGUGUGGUAUGGUAUACACACCAGUUUCAGUGGCAGAGUUUGCAAAGGCGUUCCUCUCAAUAUGGAGACCACAAGGACAGUCAUGCCGCUUGGCACUUGGUAUCAGUGGUGGAGUAGAUUCCAUGGCUCUAGCAUACCUCGUCAAACAGUUGCCCCCUGAGUUUGGCUUUCAACCAAUCGCCUUCAUCGUCGACCAUCAGAUCCGCCCCGAAAGUUCAAAAGAGGCUCAAAAGGUGGCGGAUUGGCUUGCUCGUGAAGAGCCUGAGAUCUUAACAACCUCCGUUCCCAACACGGGCAAGGGACCUAAUCCAAAAAUCGAAACAUAUGCCAGAAAAGCAAGAUAUCAAGCCCUCGGACGUGCAUGCGGGCAUCACGGCAGUGACAGGCUCAUGUUAGCCCACCAUCAGGAUGACCGGAUCGAAUCAAUGCUCAUGAACAUCAUCUCUGGGAGAUUGACGCGGCGGCCGAUGAAUUCCGUGGCGGGGAUACCUGAAUGUGAAGGUCUUCAUGGCGUGUAUGAAAGCGGUGGUAGAACCCCAUCAGAUGCCCGAUUCAAAAUGUGGGAGUCCCGCAGAUGGUUCGUCUCUCCUGCGCGCGAUUGUGAGACAGGGGGUGUUCAGAUACUGAGGCCACUCCUAUCCUUUCCCAAGGGGCGGCUGCGUGCUACCUGUGAGGCCAACGGAGUUCCGUGGGUAGAGGAUUCUACAAACCACGAUCCGACAUAUACUGUACGCAAUACAGUCCGACAUUUACUGAAGUCCGAACGGCUGCCUCUUGCUCUUCAACCCAAAUCUAUUGCCGGUCACAUAGAUCGCCUCGUCAAGCGGUACUCGCAGAUAGACCGCGAAGUGGAAUCGCUCCUUGAACAAUGUAAAAUGAAAUUUGAGCCGCGUAUCGGCUCACUGCGUGUCCAGUUUCCACCAGACGAGAUCAUGUGCAAUUCUGCUGGGCAACACCUCGUCCGCAAAAUUCUAUCGAUGGUAUCCCCCUUGCACAAAGUUGAGCUUGCGCAAAUACGCAACGCCAUGUCGAGCUUGUUCCCGUGGUUUACUUCGUCCAAUGACGCGGAGAUAGCAGCCGCCACGCCUAUCCGUUCUUUUACAACAUCUGGAGUCUUGGUAUCGGCCGCUUCACCUCUUCCUCAUUGGGAUAUACAUCGCUCCGCAUAUCUGUUCACUCGCGAGAAGCCACCAAGUACUUCUUCGGCCCCGCUGAUGCUAAUUCCUCCCGUCGACCCCGACCACGACGCAGGACCAGUGCACACUCAAUGGACGCUAUGGGACGGCCGGUACUGGAUAAAGGUCAAGAACCCCCUGACAGAGCCGCUCGUGAUCCGCCCAUUGUACGAGGAAGAACUUGGGGAUCUCUACCGUUAUUCCGGGCUAAGGGGUCCCGACAUCGAGAAGCUCAAACGAUUGAUCAAAAGCGUGGUCCAUAAAAGGGGAUGGCAUAGCCUACCGGUGAUAGCUCAAGUGAGCAAUCCACACGCCAUAAUUGCACAUCGGAAGCUUUUAACCCACUUGAACGCCCAUCCAGGCUCCCAGGAAUACAACUGGGCUCCGGGCAAGAAUGGAUGUGCGGACGUUAUCGACGCAACAGUGAAGAACAAGUGUAUAGACGCCAGGUGCUCUGUGACCAUAGAACGUGACCGUGGCCGCGUAGUUGCAUUGCCGAGUCUUGGCUGGGUCAACGCCAGAUUUAUGACGCGGGGACUUCGAUGGGAUAUCAGAUACAAGAAGCUGGAUCCGUGGCUUGAGUCGCGUUUGGCUGUAGAAAAGCUGAUGGGAAAGUCUUGAAGAGACACGGAAGGUCCGGAAAACCAUUUCUACUCGGUGACUCACUGAUCAAACUGAUCUGGUCUCAAAACACUACCUCUAGGCCUUGAUUCCUCGCAGGUUGUCGGCCAUAGCUGCGCUAGGAGGACUGAACGAUGCGGACAUCGACGUAGGACGAUGUAUCGGCCAGCAUAUUGUCAUAUCUCAUAUGACGCUCUAUGUUCUCAAUCAGGUCGCAUUAUAUCCUGGCUAAACGUUCGACUAUCCACUGGAGUGGAUGGGCUGGCGCAAAGAAACUACGUCUUUGUGUGGCUGGUAAUCAGGUCCCAAAGUGCUUGAUGUG